AUGGUUGUACGCUCCGAGCAAUUCUUUCGUAACCAGCGCACGGAGGAUGAAACUGUAAAGUCUCAUCCUUUGGCCGGGGAUGGUAACUAUGCAGAAAUCCAAGAAACAGGAGUGUGCAAGAGAUAUAAGGUGGAUGGGCAGGAUAUGGAGCUGGAUGGAAGUUAUCAUGUGGUUGUGUUCUCCCGCAACCGAACGAUCGAUAACUUGAUCAAAUGUGGCCGUCUUGAUUCAGCUAUUGAGAUAUUUGAAGCAAUGCCCGUCUGUGACAUCAUCUCCUGGAACUUGGUAAUAGCUGGUCACGCUCACCAUGGGUUUCCAAAGCUGGCCCUUGAUCUCUUCAAAGAAAUGGUUUCUCAAGGCCUUAGAGAAAGCCCGUCCACAUGUUCUUCAGUUUUGGGUAUUUGCAGUGAUGCUGGGUUCUACCAAGAAGGCCUUCAAGUUCAUUGCAGAGUGGUUUUGCUUGGGUUCAAUGCAAACUUGUUUGUUGGGUCCGCACUAAUUGAUCUAUACCUGCAAGCUUCAUAUCUUAAACCUGAUUCUCUUGAAGAUGAAAUCAAAUUUGGGGUUGACCCAAAUGGUGUAACUUUCUACUAUUUGAUAUAUGCCUGUGCUCGACAUAGAAUGGGUAGAGAGGGCCUCAAGAUGCUUGAAACCAUGAUCCAGGAGGUUCUGAAGCCAGAUGUUGUAACAUUCUUGUCUGUGUUAAUGGGUUGCAGUCACUCAGGUUUGGUGAGAGAAGGGCAAUUAAUAUUUGAAUCAAUGGAAACCAUCCAUGUUGUCUACCUAGACAAGAGGCUUGUUAGAGGAAGCAAAAUUGUUGCUAAAAUGCUCACCAGUUAA